AUAAGAAUGAAACAAAGUAUUGAGAAAAAAAUAAAUAAUAACAUUUCGGCCCCGAGAAUGUGAUCAUAAAGAGGUUUCAAUGUACAGAAUGCACGGGUGUGAGCUAAUCAGAACUAAUCAGAGCUAAUCAGAAUUAUGAACCAUUAGAGCAUUAUCAUAUUUUACUAACAAGAAAAUACGAAUGAAUACAUUCAUAACGCUCAAUAAUAAUAAUUUACGAUACUAGGUGUUUAAUAACUUAAUAUGCUAAUUUUAAUAUUUCCCCGACAAAUUAAAAUUUGUUUAAAGAUCAGAAUCAAACUCAGCAACUCAAAAACUACAAAAAGAACUUUUAUUUGCCACUUCGGCGGCCAAAAUCAACAUAUUUUAUUCAUCAUUCUUUCAUCAUUAUCCGGGUUUCAUCAUUAUCGCGGUUUCAUCCCAUCCGCCACGUGUUUCAACGAUAAGAAACCGGCGGAGAACCGGUGAAUGUAAUUUUCCACGAAUGAUAAUACGAAUUUUUGCAAUAUCAUACGAAGCCGCAACAUAAUUAUAUAACGCUUGUAGAGUAGUCGAUACAAGGCUAAUUAGAUAUCCUUCGUAUUGAACGGAGACAUUACCGAUCCUGACGAUUCUAAAUUAUAUCUGCCUGUCCCUGAACCUGUAAGAGCGCCUUUUGCUGCUACUGAGCGUAUAUAAGACGGAAGGCGUUCUAUCACAAUGCGCAGUGUUAGAUUACCACCUCGACGACAACGGCCAUCGCGUUGUCAGCUCUUAGCAGUAACUCACUUCCACAGUCGGUCCCCGUAAUUCAUACACGCAUCGACAUCCAAAACUCCUCGUCUCGCCCGUGGUUUGACAGAAAGUGCAAAGUUCCCUGGACAUUUAUUGUUCGUCAUGGAGAGCAUACGCGUUUCAAAUCUGGUCGAUGCGACGCGCAUCGACACCGAAAAGAUCAACGCCGCCGCCAGUUUCGUGAAAGAUGCGCCGAAGAUUGCGAGAUACUCGUUGGCCGACUCGGCCGACGGGUCGAACAGCGAUAUGGAUUAUCAUAUCGAGAUAAUCAACAAGGAUGACAAACUGAGGGUACUGAAAUUCCUAAGGAGGUUCUUCUUCAGGGACGAACCGCUCAAUCAGUAUAUUAAGUUAAUCCCGGAAGGCGAAGAUAGUACCUGCAUAGAACUCGAGGACUACUGCAGCAAUGCAUCGCUUGGAAACAACUUCAGUCUGAUGGCAGUUUCCGCGAGUGGUGCGAUUGUCGGAGUUAUACUCAAUGGCAAAAUGGAUCCUCCGUCGAGCGAAGAGCCAGAAUACAUAUGGUCAUGCACAAACGUGAAAUUCAAGAAAAUAUUGCGAUUACUGCGCUACGUGGAUGAAAGGGUGAACGCAGGCGGUCAAUUUCGGGACUUGAACAUCAUGGAGAUUCGAAUAAUCUCGGUGGAUACAAAUUGGAGGGGACAAGGCAUCGCGAAGGCCCUUAUAGAAAAGACGGUGGAAAUCGCGAAGGAACAAGAGUUUCAUUACGUGAGGGCAGACUGCACGUCCCUGUUCUCCGCCAAGCUCUGCGCACGAGCCGGCUUCGACAUGGUGUACAAGCUCGAUUACAGUGACUACGUGGAUGACGAUGGAAAGCCAAUUUUUUCACCUGUGUUACCUCAUACAUCGGUGACCUCAUAUGUGAAGAAAUUAUGAGGACCAUAUCAAGUCAUCUCUAAAACUGAAGACCCGACACGAAACGUUUGUUUUAAGAAAGAAAGUCGUGUUAGAGACGUAUAGUUAAUACGACCGCGAUUUUUCAAACACGACCGAGGAAAACGAAAUCGCUAUAUUUUAUAACUUAUUGUACAGCAUAGAAAGAUAGAUGUAUAUUGUAAGUGAUAUGGCAAUAGAUAUAAUGAUUUCAAGAGGUAUAAAUUAUUCUGAAAUAAUGAGAAAUUGAUUGUAAUUAUUUAUAACAUAAAAAAAAUUGUACUAUCGGCGCGUGGUCACAAAAAUGUUCAGACAUAAGUUAUUUAACGAUUAAUUCACUCUUUCUUUACAUCGUAUGAUAUCAUUCAUAAGAUAUAAUGUAAAGUAUAUAUAAGUGAACAGGUUUCAUUAUUAAAAUAACUUUUUUCCUUAUUGCAGGUGCACUAAUUUUUAUUGUAAAAAAAGGUUUUGUAAAGAUUUCAAAAUGUAAUUAUGAUUAAAAGCAGUUAUUCAUC